ACUAGCCCCUUAACACAGUGACACACACAACCACCAGCCCGGGCAAAUUAGUUUGAUUUAUUUGGUCGGAAAUCCCGGAAACAUUUGGCACCACAACACAGGAGGACGUGUAUGCACGUGUCGGUGAUCAGUUUGGCUCAGUCUGGUCUUCAUGUUCCUCGGCGAUCUGCUGUAUUUGUUUUCAAGUGAGUCGACGGACUUCCCUUCGCUACUUCCUCUACUUCUGGAUUUUUACUCUGCUGCUGCUGGCCUCCUGCAAGGCUCCCGGACGGACGCCUCGGACAAGGGAAGGAUCCCCCAAAGUAAACUGCAUCGGCCCUUCUCCCGUCAAGCUGCAACAUCGGGGGAAAUCCAACUAUUGGCAAGAUCUGGGGGGACCCGUGACUGCCUCUAGCAUGAUGUCAUACCUCAAACAGCCCCCCUACGGCAUGAACGGCCUGGGGCUGAGCGGCACGGCCAUGGACCUGCUGCACCCGUCAGUAGGAUACCCAGCGACCCCCAGAAAGCAGCGCCGGGAGCGGACCACCUUCACCCGCUCCCAGCUGGACAUCCUGGAGUCCCUGUUCGGUAAAACUCGCUACCCGGAUAUUUUCAUGCGUGAGGAGGUGGCACUGAAGAUCAACCUGCCAGAGUCCAGGGUGCAGGUGUGGUUCAAGAACCGCCGGGCCAAGUGCCGGCAGCAGCAGCAGAGCGGCAGCAGCGCCAAGGCCCGGCCUGCCAAGAAGAAGUCGUCCCCGGCCCGUGAGAGCACGGGCUCGGAGAGCAGCGGGCAGUUCACCCCGCCCCCGGUCUCCAGCACCGGCUCCCUGUCCUCCUCCUCCUCCACCUCCUCCUCCUCGGCCAACCACGCCGGGGCGGCGGCGGCGGGGCUGCUUGGCGGCGGCGGCGGCAGCGGCGGCGGCGCCUCCUCCGCCUCCAUCGGCGCCGUCUCCUCCAUCUGGAGCCCGGCCAUCUCCCCGGGCAACGGCCCCGCCGGGGCGGCGUCCGCGGGCGCGCCCCCGCUGCCCGAGCCGGGCCCGGCGGUGUCCAACGCCUCAUGCAUGCAGCGGUCGGUGGCGGGGGCCUCGGCCGCCUCCUCCUACCCCAUGGCCUACAACCAGACGGCGGGCUACGGCCAGGGCUACCCCGCCCCCUCCGGCUCCUACUUCAGCGGGGUGGACUGCGGCUCCUACCUGGCACCCAUGCACUCCCACCACCACCACCACGCCCACCAGCUCAGCCCCAUGGCGGCCUCGUCCAUGCCGGGCCACCCGCACCACCACCACCACCACAUCGGGCAGGCCUCUGCGGCAGGCCACCACCACCCCCACCACCCCCACCAUCAGCCCUACGGCGGCUCCGGGCUGGCCUUCAACGGCUCGGACUGCCUGGAUUACAAAGAGCAGACUGCCGCCUCCUCGUGGAAGCUCAACUUCAACGCCUCGGACUGCUUGGACUACAAGGACCAGGCCUCCUGGAGGUUCCAGGUCUUGUGAUCCACUUUUUUUUUAUGCCCCCUUAUAGUGUUUUUGUUUUUAAGAACAAAAAAAGAAUUAUGAACCAUUAUAUACCAAACUAGUAGCAGGAACCUUGGCCAUUGGUACGCCGUCUCCCGAUCUGAAAGGGUUGUUAAAAAAAGAAAAAGAAAAAAAAACUCCCACGAGGCCCUAUGAAGUGAAAAGAGUGAACUUGAUCAGGCGCAGCUGCGUGGUUUGCCGGUGAGGAGGAGUGGGGUUCUAAAGCGCCUCUGGGAUGACCUGACGUCGCUACUGUUCUCACAACCCUGUCUGAACCAAACAUCUUUGGAUCUCCACCAGCGCUCUGGCUCUCGCGAAGGACGUGCGUCUGGAACCGCGGUAAACGGGCCUCACUCAGUGCGCACUGCGCACGCGCCGCCUGCACCGCGCGCUCUUUACCUCGACCCUAUGAAUCAUGUACAGUUCUUAUGUCUUAUUUUAGAUGAGAGAUUUUAGUCGGCUACGUUAAGGAGCUGAGAUAUGUAAAUAUGUAUUUGGGUCAGUUACAAUGACCACGUUGAUUUUGUUGCUGAAUUUGAAAAUGGUUUAUUACGACUUUGGAAAAAAAAAAAGGAUGUAAAUGUCUUUCCCGAUAUUCUAAAGAGAACAAAUUGGCUACAAUGUUAAAUUUUUACACUUUUAUUGAUAAUAAUAAAGAAAAGGGUACCUUUUUGAAGUUAAAAUGUCUGAAAACCUAAAAUAUAUAAAUACAAAAUAUACUGGAAUGAUCAGGUACAAUGUAUUCACUGCUAUUAAUUAGUAAUAAUUAAUAUUUUUCUCAAGACACCUGACUUGGGCAGUGUCAAAUGUGAUAUGUCCUACUUUAACAGCAGCACUUGACUUGAUACCGAAGUCAAAUCAUUUGCAGGAAUGUGUUUUUAUUAUCCCAACAUGACAGUGAACCGUUGAAUGUAUCUUAAGACGACCAUCCUUGCAUAUGUUCACACAAUAAAGAUCCGUUAA